AUGUUUUGUUGCAGAGAAGUGAUUGAUCUGAUCGAUGAUGACGAGGAGGACUCUGUGUCUUUGAUCCACGUCAGUAACUCUCCCAUCAGAGCCUUCACUCCCAUCUCCGAGGCCCGCGACUGCCUCAUCGACUUCAGGAACAACCGCAGCAAGAGAGCCAGGCCCAGAGCGGGAGCCAAGCCUGGAGCCAAGAGGAGGUAUGAGCCAUAUAAGGAUUGA